GAAGAUAGCUAUUUCUGGUUUGUGGUACGUCCUGCGUGUUAAAAUGUGGUCCAAAAUAUUGCUGCUAAUUGCAGGAAUUAAUUACGUGAAAAGUGAUCUUCAAGUGCUCACAAGUAACUUUUUUGAAAAUCUCCAAGCCGAUCCUGCGUUAUUAGCUGAUAAUGACUUGAGCGGUGCAUCUAAACAAUUCAUAGAGACACAAAUUUCGAAUUAUGUGCAACUGAUAACACACGGGGAAACAAACGCCAGUAAGAAAAAACGCAGUUUAUUAGACGACUUUACAAAAAAUAUACAAGGGACUUAUCUCCUGUCUGGAAUCGCACCAUCAGCCACAAUCCCGGUCCGAUUUCCGCGCGAUCUCACGCUAUUUCAGCACAAUUCGCAGUGGCAUGCGGCGGCUUUAGAAAGCCCAGAUGUUAGGGAAAGUGCCAAUUAUUUAGUAAUUUUCAAAUUUGAGAACGAAACUUUUAACGAAAGGGCCAGAGCUUCGGUCAGAAACGGCGUCAAACUUGCCACUGUCGCUUCAGGAAACGCUACUCUGAUAGCUGUGGCCGAAAAUGAUACUUCCAGAGAUAAUUUGCACAAUAAAUCCGCGAUUUAUCAAUUUGAUAAGGGCGGCCUCAGCAAAAUCCAGUCGAUUGAUAUGCACUUUGCUACUGAUAUAGCCUUGUGGAAGAUGCACGAGGAAGUCUACAUGUCAAUUGCAAAUUCGUCCCAAAUACCGGUUUACAAAUGGCUAGGGAAUCACUUUGAUUUGGUACAAAACAUUGCAAGUGAAGGCACUCGAACAAUAACGCCGUUUCGGGUCAAUCAAGCCAAUUUUUUGGCUCUUGCAAAUUUCAGGGACAAUGAAGGGAAUACUCGAGUCUAUUCCGAAAUUCACAAGUACGAUUACCACUUGGACAAGUAUGUUUUGUACCAAAGGAUUCUCACAAGGGCUUGUAGCGACAUCAAAGUCUUCACUUUGUCGCAAAGUGACCACAAAACGGAUACGUUUUUAAUUGUUGCCAACUCCCAGGACAAAGACUCUGAUGGUACCAUAAAUUACGCAACUGAUUCCCUAAUUUACAAAUUCGUGGAUAAUUAUUUCAUCCCGUUCCAAACUUUUCGUCUGAAUGGAAUUGAGCAGUGGCUGCCAAUACAGGGUGAUAACGACGAGUUUGCGCUAAUUGCAACUUCGCGCUUCGAGGGCCUUAAAUAUUUCCAAUACGAUGGCUGGUCUUUCAAAGAGACUCCUCAAAAGACGGUAGAUUUGCUCAAAAAAGCCGGAAUAAAAUCGAUUCGUUUCGCCAAAUUUAACAAUAGUUAUGCUUUGGUCGUUUCGAGUAAAAACAACAAGGGCAAAACGGCCAACAUUUUUCGGUUGGAAUUUACGCAUCACAACGUCGUAAACGAAAUUUAUGCCGAUUUGGGCACUUGGUGCGACAGUGGGUUGGAAAAAAUUGGAGGUAUGGUCAUUUUUGACGAGGUUUUGGGCGACGCCAAAAGGGCUGAUAUCGACGAAGACGACGAAACCGCAGAGAUGGAAAAGCUCAACUCGCGAAUUGACUCACUAUUGGAUCAACUGAACGUGUUUGAUAAACCUGGAGAAAUCAUCAGUGCUGAAGAAAUUGUCUUCAAUAAUUCGACUUUAAUCCACAAUCUGGUCACUGAUAAGAUUAAUGAUUUUGAAACUAAUAAAUUACUGGAAAAUGCGCUCGAUAUCGAGCAAGGAUUUGAUUUGGGUGAAGUUAGUUUCGUGUCAGUGAUCACCGAUGAGUCUCUUAAGGCAAGUGCGAUUAAUACGAGAGAUCCCCAAACCCUGAUUCACACUUCUGACAACUUAAAUUUAACAAAUUUCAAAGUGCGAGGUAGUUUAUCAGCCCCUAAAGGGAUCAAAAUCGAAGGGAAACUUAACAACAUGUCGAUAAACCACCAAAGUUUGUUGCUAAAAUCCGGUGAUCAAAAUUUUUCGCAACCGUUAACUUUGCAAGAAGCUCAAAUUAAUAAAAUGACUGCAAAGUCACUAAACGGUCAAGAUUUGUCUAAUUUGCGAGCGCCAACCCAGAAACCACUCAUCGAGCAUUUUGAAACACUAAAAGUAAAAAAUUUAACGAUUGGUGGUUACAUAAAUAACGUAGAUGUCCCCACUUUGGACAAAUACGCACUGAAAAAAUCUGGUAACCAACAAGUGACGUCCGAGUUUAUUUUCGAUGAGCUUCGAGGGAAGAAUUUGGAGGUUUUUAACGAAAUGUCCGGAAAAAAAAUAUCAGAUUUGAUAGCAACAGAUGCGGGCAAUUAUUUAAUCAAUAAUGAAGUCAUUUUUAAAAAUGAUCUUCACGUGAAUGACUUCCAAGUCUCGAAGUCUUUAGACGGAAUUAAAGUGAUUGAUGGCCAGCUUGACAUCCUUCUGAAGGACAGUCCAGACGAACAAGAAAUAACCGGCGCCAAAACCUUCGACGACGUUAACAUCUACCACGCUAUCAAUUUCCAAGGGCAUGUCAAAAGCAAAAAUUUGGAAAAAAUGAAUCCUCUGAUCACAAUUGAAGAUGAUUUGGCCCUUACGGGACCAAAAACAAUCAAAGGGCAUGUGCAAAUCGAAAAUUUGCUUGGUGUGAAGGACAUUGUGACCGAAGACGGCAUGUAUUCACUAACUUGGCUCGAAGCCGAUGGUCUUAAACUGACAAGUAAAGAAGUGAAGCCGCAUUUACACUUUGUGCAACAGAUCAAUGUUGACGAAAUUUUCGUUGAUACUUUAAACGGGAAAAAUCCACACAAUUUUGUCGUGACUGGAACUGAAGAACCCCAAAUUAUCCAAGGUUUGAAAACGUUCCUCGGGGACGUCCGUGUUACAGGAAGCACAAAUGCGAACAAAAUCAACAAUGUUGAAACCGAAGAGUUGGAAAAUAAGGUGUUGCGGAUCGACGGCGAUCAGCAAAUUGAAGGAAAACACCACAUCAUACAUGUCAUAACUGAUCAGAUUUUGAGUAAUGAAACUGUAUUUAAUAACGAUUUCAAUGAAACAAGUUCCGAAAAUGUUGUCAUAACCAGAGAGUUACUAGAAGUGGACAAAAUCAAGGCUCGGUCAAUUCUAGUCAAGGGACUAGUUAAUGAUUUAAAUUUUACUCAAAUUGUCAACGAUACGGUUAGAAAAGACUCGAAUGGCUUCAUUGGUGGUCACAAAAAUUUCAAUAAACUCACCAUCAACAACUUGCACGCUGAAACCGGUAUUACGCUUGACAGUCUUGAAAUCGACAAACUCACAAUUGAUAAACCCCUAAAUCUCACAAACCUUAAAGUUAAAAACAUUCAUUUCGAAAAUGAGUUCAAUGGCAUCGACCGGAAAAUUUUUGGGAACGACACAGACAAUACAAUUUCACAAAACUUGACUUUGGGCACUGUUGUUGUUUUCGGAACCGUCCAAAUUGCCUCAAAUAAAAUAAAUGGGGUCGAAAUCGAACAUUUGGUUGAAAACUCAGUCAAGUUGGACGAACCAUUCGAGUUUGAUUCUGCUACAUUUGAAUCUGGAGUUGUUUCAAAAAGUCGGGUAAGUCUCAACGGCCACGUUGAAAAUUUUGAUUUCGAAAAUGCCGUGCUGCCAAGUUCUGACCAAGAAGUGUUAAUUUUGGGCGAAAAAAUCUUCAGAAAUAAUGUCACAAUUAAUGGAAGUCUUGUGGUGGAUGGAUACCUGAACGGAAUCAAUGUAACGCAAUUUUGUGAAUUUACUAUGGGAGGAAACGAAGGCACGAAUUUAACUAUUGAGGGGAAUGCUUAUUUUGCCACUGGACCAAAUCUUGGAAAAAUAAACAACGUGGAGGUAAACGAAAUCAGAAACAAAGCUUGGUUUAGAGACAGAGACGUUAAUUUGACCGGUUCUGUGCACUUCGAGGACGUAAUUUUCGAAAAUGAUGUUCACGUUAGCGGAUACGUCGAAAACAUCAGCUUGAAUCACCUCUACGAAAACUACUUCAGCAAAUCGAAAGAUCAAAACAUUACGGCCACUUUCAAUUUCGAAAACGACUUAGUUUUUGAAAAUAAUGUAACGGUUCCGGAAAUAUCCCUCAGUGGGCGAGUAAAUGAUAUUGAUUUGGGCCAAUUUGUUAAAACAGCUUUACUAAAUGAUUAUGACCAAAUUUUCGAAUCGGUUGUCUUCCUGGAAGAUUGCACCAUCGACAAUUUAAGUGGUGACUUUCUCGUCAAUAAUUUAGACCUAGAAAUCGACGUCAUGAGAUACGAUAAGGACAAUAUGGUUACUGGUGUAAAAAUUUUCGAAAAUCUGGACGUAGAUUACUUGAAACUGGAAAAAAAUAUUAAAAUCCAGGACGUUGACGUUCUAGACUGGUUCAAAAAUUCGGUUCUUAAAACCACUAGUUUCAAUAUCACGGCGGAUAAAAUUUUCAAGAAUGCGAAAUUCGUAAACGGUUUCCAGGUUUCAGGGAAGUUGAAUGGACACACGUUUGAUUCAAAGAAUAUUAUGGUAACAGACAUACCGCAGGAAAUAACCGGGAAAAAAAUCAUUCAUUCGACUCGACUAAGCCCAGUUGUGUUCAAAAGCAUCAAAUUGAAGGGCUUAUUAAACGAUGUUGAUCUUUCCAAUCUUAUCAACGACCAAGCGUAUAAAAAUCAAGACAAUGUCUUUAAAACCAAACUCAAUUUUGACAACAACAUAACUGCAAAUAAUUUGGUUAUUAGAAAAACUUAUCAAGGGAUAAACAUGACUGAGCUGAUCAUGAACGUCACCAAUUUAGGAGUUUUGAACAAUUUACUCAAACAGUAUAACACGCUUUUAGACAUGACUUACAAACUCGAAAAUUCGGUCAAAGCUCAAGCUUAUUUUGUGCAUCAUUACAAAACCGUCCAAAUCAUCCCUCUGGUAACAGACAGCAAGGUGAUAUUUUGCUCAGAUAACGUUCUCCGGGUUGGUUCUUUGGUGACAGAUGAGGACGGGCUCAGAAUGGAUUUGUAUGGAUGGCAUCCCGAAAAACAAUUCGCAAACGAAGGAAUUAUAAAAUUCACUGAACCUCUAACGUACGUAGACCAGGUUUUUUCGGGUCGCUACAUUUACAUGGAAAGACCGAACGGGACCGCAAGUUUCACUCUAAUGUCACGCCCUGUGCUUCAAAACACUUGGACCAUCCUGACAAACCUCACGCGAUCCACUACCUCCUUCGUGUUAUCUUACACAGGCACAAACUGCACUCUAUUUAUUUACAGUAAUUGUGCCCCAAAAAUAUUCUGCGAGAUUGAGGGCAGUAUCGAACUCUUGCAAACACUGGAAGCAUCAAUCGGGCUUGAGGGAUCGUCGAUAAGCAUCGACGGAACUUUAUUCCUGGCCAUUAUCACCGAACCCAGGGACGGUUUAUUAGAGUCUGAGAUCGACCUUUGGCGCCUAAAUAACAACACCGGCUACUUCGAAAUCCACCAAACAGUGUUCGAAGCCCAACCGCGGAGUGUUGCCACAGCUUCGUACAAUGGUUUUCACUAUCUGGCUGUCGCUUGUGGUCAUUUACAAAACGCGAUUUAUUCCGGAAGGGUCGAGAUUAGAAAAUUCGACGAGUCGUCGCUUCAGUUCGUCCCUUGGCAAAGUCUGGAGCUCGACGCUCCGAUUCAAGUCGAAUUUUCGGUUCUACCAUCAAAUGAAUUAAUUUUGUACGUUGUGACGGACAAUCCGACCCAACCCUUGCUUGUUUACCGGUACGAGGGUAUCGCCGGGUUCAAAUUAGCGCUCGCGGGCUCAACUCUACCCAAAAUAUUAUACAUGAACCUGUUUAUGGGUGGAGACAACCAACACUUUAUUAUAGCGCAGAGUUAUGACGAAAUCAACGUUAUACAAGCGAUAUUCAAAGGCGAAAAGGGUGAUGAAAUUAGAAAGGGAGUUUAAUAAUAACGUAUUGUUUUGGCGUUUUUGUUAUUUUAUUUUGUUGUGUGAUACGUGAAUGUGAUAUUAAUAAAAAAUAUUAAAUGGUU